AUGUCUCUUGAUUCAACUAAGCUUCCAGAUCCACCAAUGUCAUGCCAUACUUUUACUAUUUACCAUCGCCAUGUAUUUGAAAAAUCAAACUUUAAAGAUUAUGACUCGUUGCUUGAAAGUAGGAUUGCUCGAUGUCAUGCUAGAGCUAGUUAUUUAGCUUCUAUUUUUUAUGAUGGUAACGAUGUUGUAACGCCAAAUGACAACCAGAAUGAUGCAAAUGCAGGUCUCACAAGGCAACAAGAUGCACAAGGGGGUAAGAUUCGCGAAUUGGUCCCAAAAUCAACUGAUACACACUGCGUACAUGGUGAGUAUAUUGCAUCAUUUUUUAUUGGUACUCAAUUGAUCAAAACUUACUUGCUAAUAGACAGUGUAAGUGGUUUACUUUGGUGGCAAUGUGGACCAUGUGAGGCCAAUAACUGUUACAAACAGGAUCAACCUCUAUAUAAUUUUACUACGUCUAGAACUUCUCGAAAAGUUGAUUGCAUUCGACAUAGUUCAUAUUGCAUAACUGCGGACCCAGCUUUUCAUUGUGAUCAUGAUACUUCUGAAUCUAUAUAUAACAAGAAAUAUACAGAUGGACCAGGAACAAAAGGAAAGGGAUCUAUACUGAGUUUCCAUAUAAGCAAGUGGCCAAGUGCAAUAUCAGCAAAAUUGUUACCAAAUUAUAAGUACCCAUCAUUUUAUUUUGUAAACUUUUAUAAAGUUUUUGUUAAUGAAAGGGAAGUUCCAGUGAAAUCCUCGUGGUGGAAUUUCAAACGAGAUAUGAGUGGUGGAAUCUUCGUGGAUACAGGGACAACUUUUACCCGUUUUCCUAAUGAUUUUUAUGUCAUAUUUCGCUACAUAUUUAGAGCUGCAGUAGAAGAUAGUCCUAUGGUUGAAAAUCCAAUCGGACCUUUUGACACUUGCUAUAAAGUGGAUCCAAAUGGUGAGGAACUAUAUUUUCCUAUUGUGAAGUUGUACUUUGGUAGUGUAACCCGGAGUACAGAGUUGAUUCUGGAACAAGAACGUGUAAUUGUGAAAUAUCAGGGGUUUAUUGUUUGGCUUUUAUUGGAUGGGAAGAAAACUACUCAAUAUUAG